AUGGAGCUUCCACCCUUCCCAACUAACGAUACGCUACAUCUUCCCAGUGUCACUCGGAACAUCCGGUAUCGGCCUGACGAGCUGUAUGUCUGGGGCUUUUAUCUCUACCGGACAACGUAUCGCGACCAGGCCUUAUCGGAGAGUUACGUUACAUGUCUACGCGAAUCCAUCUUGGGCGAUAUCUCAUACGAUCCAAACGCUGCCUACAUUCGCCCUUAUCAUCGCUUAUCAAUAAUCGAAGGCGCUGAACUCGACGGCAUGUCGGUCUGGAACGUCCUUCUGCGAUUCCAAUCUUGGGUUGGAGGACUAUUCCAUAGUGCCGGACCGGAGCAAGAAAUCCCGAUUAUCGAAAACGCGACCACAGUUGUUUCAAUUACUGCCUUAUAG